AUGCCCCCAUGGGGAAGACCACUAGGGGCACGGACGGGGAGAAAUAAUUGGGGACGCGCGGCGUGGGAUGAGACACGGGUGGAGGAGGUGGACGGUGAGAAUGAUGGAUACGGGAGGGAGUUGGUGCGAAACGGUCGAUAUAAGAGAGGGAUGGAGUAUGGAGGACGUGGGGCGCGCAGGCGACCUGUGGAUUAUGACGAUUUGACAGAUGACUCUGAAUCGGGGGAGGGAGGCAACUAUGAUCUAUACGACUACGGGGAUAGCACGGUGGCCUAUGCGGUUCAGUUAGCUUUGCGUGACAAGGAGGAUCAAUUGGUGGACAAUGCUCUUGAGCGAAUUCGCCGCGCGCAAGUGCUGGGGAAGAACAACGUCCGAUUAUCGCAACGCGAGCUGGAAGCUUUGGAGCGCAAGCGCCAGCAGGCGGACGGUUCAGGUGGAACUUGGCGCCCAAAACAAUCUGCCAAUCCUGCUAAGACAUCGUCGCGGCCAUCAUCUCGAAGAAGCGCAGCAGGUUUCGCACCAGACCAACCACCCGCCGGAUACCCAGCUUUUCCGCCUGAUCCACUCAGCAACUGGGCUCGUGGCGCUACUGCGACACAUAGCCGACCUUCCAGCUCAUCUUCCGCUGCCCGCCCCCGGACUCCGACGACACAAUCACUCCGUCCUCAGCAGUCCAAUUCACCACUUCGACCUACCUACCCGCCAUACCCUUCCGAGCGCUUUGCCUCCAAUGGUCGACCACAGUCGAUGCAGCAACCGCUUAUGUACCCACGACCACUGCCAGACGAUCCUCACUGGGCUCCAUCAUAUUACAAUGCAAUGCAGAUGGGUCCGUACGGAGAGCCGUUGCCAUAUCCGGCGCAGCUUCCUACUGAUCUCCGAGUUGGACCGCAAAAUCGAAUGAGUUAUCCCUCGACUGUUCCGUACCAAGCUCCUCCACAAAGCAGACGCUCAUCUCAGGGGACAGUGCAGUCCCGGGGAGAUGCCGUUCCUGCUCCUGCUCCUGCUCCUGCUACCACUGGGGCGGAUGCUGAUGAAUCGAGCGAGGAAUCCAGCGAGGAAUCCGAGAGCAGUGAAGAUGAGGAUGUCAAAAUCGUUAAGGUGUCCAAGGUGGCGGAGCGUCCGGCCCAGCCAGUUCCAGUCGCUCAAAGACGGACCGUUCCUGGGGCCACACGAGGUGGUGCUCGUAAGCGAACCAGUCGAUGA